AUGGAUAGCUUAUUAAAUGAAAAGAAAAAAUUUAUUAGACAUGUAUUAUCAAAUGCCCCACCAGGAAAAAUAUCUGAUUUGAUAUCAAAUUUAAAAAUAAUAUUUGGAUCAAAUGCAAUUAUUCAAAAUUUUAUAGAAGAUAUUAUAUCAAAUUAUAAUGAAGAUAAUCAUAUUUUAAUUCCAUUUGAAAAUGAUGAAUAUAUUAUAAUUUGUAAACAAUCUAAAAGUGGAAAUUUGUAUCUUCACCCCAAUUUAAAAAUACUAGCCAAUGUUAAUCAUUUGAAAAGGAAAGUAAUUGAUACAACCCCAUUGACAAAAUUUGAUUACUCCGAUAUUUUAGAAAAAUAUAGACAAGCAUGUAAUAACAAAUUAAAAGAGUAUGUUGAUAUUUAUUACAAAAAAUGGAGUGAACAUCAAAUUGAAAAUUACCCAAUAGUUAACAUAGGGUCUAAGCAUGGACUAAAUGUAAAAUGCGCUUCAUCGGUUUAUGCUUCUGAGUCUGAGAAUAAAUAUAAUCUUUUUUUAAUCAUAUGUUGUGAUAGAUAUUAUUUAAAAAAUUUUCAUGCAAGUUCAUGGAGAAGCUCAUGGGAUGUUAACUUUUUAGAAACAGAUCAAGAGAUAGCUUUGAUAGGUACCAUUGAUGUUGUUUUGACAUAUUUUGAAGAUGCAAACAUAAACUUUAAGACACGGAAAGUGUUUGAAAAAAGGGUUUCCGUUACUAAUGAUGUUGAUAGUUUCGCUUCAAGCAUUUUAUCAGUCAUACGGGAAUGUGAAAAUGAUGUACUUUAUGAUUUAAACCAUUUUAUUGGCAAUACAAGUAAUGAUUUAAUUAAAAAUACAAGAAAAAUAAUACCAUUAAAUGGUGAUAAGUUUUAUUGGAUGGAGACAUAUGAGGAUAUCCCCACUCAAAUUAAGUUAAUAUGA